AUGAAUAACUGUGAAGUUGAAAUUGAUAAUCGAUGGAUUGUGCCGUAUUCUCCAUUACUUUCAAAAACAUUCAAGGCUCACAUCAAUGUUGAAUACUGCAAUUCUGUAAAAUCAAUUAAAUACAUUUGCAAGUAUGUUAACAAAGGCAGUGAUAUGGCCGUCUUCGGAAUUGGUGCUGCAACCGAAGCACAUGAUGAAAUCGAACAAUAUGAAUCAGGACGUUACAUUAGUAGUAAUGAAGCUGUUUGGCGUAUUCUGGCAUUUCCCAUACAUGAGCGUCAUCCAACAGUGACUCAUUUGGCAGUACACCUUGAAAAUGGAAAACCAGUUCCAGGACAUUCCAAUUUGCGUUCCUCUGAUGCAUUAGGUCGUCUAUAUACAGUUCAUCCUAACAAUCAAGAAUGUUUCUACUUAAGAUUACUGUUAAUUAACGUACGUGGACCUACAUCCUUCCAAGAUUUAAAAACUAUUAAUGGUCAAGUGUGUGAAACGUAUCGAGACGCUUGCUAUAAAUUACAACUUCUGGAAAAUGAUACGCAUUGGGAUACAGCACUUGCUGAUGCGUCAAAUACUGGUACACCACAGCAAAUACGAAUGUUAUUUGCAAUUAUAUUAGUCACGUGUUUCUCAUCUAAUCCAACAAUUCUUUGGAACAAUUACGAAAAUUAUAUGAGUGAAGACAUUUUGUAUCGUUUGAGAGCAACGUCUGCAGACAUGCAAUUUACGUCAAUCAUAUACAAUGAGGCACUCAUUUUGAUCGAGGACUUAUGCUUGACUAUUGCUAAUAAGACAUUGACUCAAUUGGGACUGACUGCGCCGAAUCGAUCAGUAAUGGAUAUCUGCGAACGUGAUUUACAACGUGAAUCGCAAUACAACAUCCAAGAAUUACAAGAUUUCCUUUUAACAAAUCUACCGAAAUUAGUGGAGGAACAACGUGUUGUUUACAAUACUAUUAUUAGCGCAAUAGAUAAUAAAGUCGGUGGAUUGUACUUUCUUGAUGCACCUGGAGGGACAGGAAAAACUUUCCUUAUUUCACUCCUUCUUACGAAGAUUUGGUCCCGAAAUAACUUUGUUCUUGCCAUUGCUUCAUCUGGCAUUGCCGCAACACUUUUAGAUGGUGGUAGAACAGCACAUUCUGCAUUAAAAUUACCCUUAAAUUUGCAUGUUACUGAGACGCCAACAUGCAAUAUAACUAAAAAUUCCGGCAUGGGAAAAAUUUUACAAACAUGUCAACUUAUUAUAUGGGACGAAUGUACAAUGGCCCACAAAAAGGCCUUGGAAGCACUUGAUCGUACACUUCAAGAUUUGAGGGAAAACAGUUCACCCUUCGGGGGAGCGCUGAUUUUAUUGUCAGGCGACUUCAGACAAACUUUACCAGUAAUUCCACGCUCAACACCAGCUGAUGAACUCAAUGCAUGUCUGAAUUACAAAAUGAUACCUCCGCUGAGCUUUUCACACAACAGUUACUAG